GGGGCCGGUGGCCGCCGGCGUGGGGCUGCCGCACGUGGGAGGGCGCUGGCCAAGCCGCCACCGCCGCUGUGGCCUCUGCAGCUAGGCGACUCGUGACUCCCGGGCGCCCCGGCGCUGCCGCCCGCCUCCCAGCCCUGCGCCGAAGGACCACGCGCCCGCCGCCGCCAGCCUCUCGGCGCUCCCAUGAUCGCCCCGUGCCUUUUGGCUGUGCGAAGGCUCCGCAGAGUUGGUGGUUCCAGGAUUUUAUUCAGAAUGACAUUAGGAAGAGAAGUGAUGUCUCCUCUUCAGGCAAUGUCUUCCUAUACUGCGGCUGGCAGAAAUGUUCUAAGAUGGGAUCUUUCACCAGAGCAAAUUAAAACAAGAACUGAGGAGCUCAUUGUGCAGACCAAACAGGUGUACGAUGCUGUUGGAAUGCUCAGUAUUGGGGAAGUAACUUAUGAGAACUGUCUGCAGGCACUGGCGGAUAUAGAAGUGAAGUAUAUAGUGGAAAGGACCAUGCUGGAUUUUCCCCAGCACGUAUCCUCUGACAAAGAUGUACGAGCAGCAAGUACAGAAGCAGACAAAAGACUUUCUCGUUUUGAUAUUGAGAUGAGCAUGAGAGGAGAUAUAUUUGAGAGAAUUGUUCGUUUGCAGGAAACCUGUGAUCUGGGGAAAAUAAAGCCUGAGGCCAGACGAUACUUGGAAAAGUCGAUUAAAAUGGGGAAAAGAAAUGGGCUCCAUCUUCCUGAACAAGUACAGAAUGAAAUCAAAUCAAUGAAGAAAAGAAUGAGUGAACUAUGUAUUGAUUUUAACAAAAACCUCAAUGAGGAUGAUACCUUCCUUGUAUUUUCCAAGGCUGAACUUGGUGCUCUUCCUGAUGAUUUCAUUGAUAGUUUAGAAAAGACAGAUGACGACAAGUAUAAAAUUACCUUAAAAUAUCCACACUAUUUCCCUGUCAUGAAGAAAUGUUGUAUUCCUGAAACCAGAAGAAGGAUGGAAAUGGCUUUUAAUACAAGGUGCAAAGAGGAAAACACUGUAAUUUUACAGCAGCUACUCCCACUGCGGGCCGAGGUGGCCAAACUACUCGGUUAUAGAACACAUGCUGACUUUGUCCUUGAAAUGAACACUGCAAAGAGCACAAGCCACGUAACAGCCUUUCUAGAUGAUUUAAGCCAGAAAUUAAAACCCUUGGGUGAAGCAGAACGAGAGUUUAUUUUGAAUUUGAAGAAAAAGGAAUGUGAAGAGAGGGGUUUUGAAUAUGAUGGGAAAAUCAAUGCCUGGGAUCUACAUUACUACAUGACUCAGACAGAGGAACUCAAGUACUCCAUAGACCAAGAGUUUCUCAAGGAAUACUUCCCAAUUGAGGUGGUCACCGAAGGGUUGCUAAACACCUACCAGGAGUUGUUGGGACUUUCAUUUGAACAAGUGACAGAUGCUCAUGUUUGGAACAAGAGUGUUACACUUUAUACUGUGAAGGAUAAAGCUACAGGAGAAGUAUUGGGACAGUUCUAUUUGGACCUCUAUCCAAGGGAAGGAAAAUACAGUCAUGCGGCCUGCUUCGGUCUCCAGCCUGGCUGCCUUCUGCCUGAUGGAAGCCGGAUGAUGGCAGUGGCUGCCCUCGUGGUGAACUUCUCACAGCCAGUGGCAGGUCGUCCCUCUCUACUGAGACACGACGAGGUGAGGACUUACUUCCAUGAGUUUGGUCAUGUCAUGCAUCAGAUUUGUGCACAGACUGAUUUUGCACGAUUUAGCGGAACAAAUGUGGAAACUGACUUUGUAGAAGUGCCAUCACAAAUGCUUGAAAACUGGGUGUGGGACAUUGAUUCCCUCCGAAGAUUGUCAAAACAUUAUAAAGACGGAAGCCCCAUUUCAGAUGAUCUGCUUGAAAAACUUGUGGCUUCUAGACUAGUCAACACAGGUCUUCUGACCCUGCGCCAGAUUGUUCUGAGCAAAGUUGAUCAGUCUCUUCAUACCAACACAUCGCUGGAUGCUGCAAGUGAAUAUGCCAAAUACUGCUCAGAAAUAUUAGGUGUUGUAGCUACUCCAGGCACAAAUAUGCCAGCUACUUUUGGACAUUUGGCAGGGGGAUAUGAUGGCCAAUAUUAUGGAUAUCUUUGGAGUGAAGUAUUUUCCAUGGACAUGUUUUACAGCUGCUUUAAAAAAGAAGGGAUAAUGAAUCCGGAGGUUGGAAUGAAAUACAGAAACCUAAUCCUGAAACCUGGGGGAUCUCUGGACGGCAUGGACAUGCUCCACAAUUUCUUGAAACGUGAGCCAAACCAAAAAGCGUUCCUAAUGAGUCGAGGCCUGCAUGGUUCGUGAACUGGGGAUCUUUGGUAGCCGUCCCUGUCUGGAGGACAAGUCGACAUCACUGUGUGUUACUGGCCUGGAAACUAAAGGGAGUUUUGCAAAUGAAAAUUUAGAUUUUUAUUGAUGUCCUUUUGUUUUCUAAUUUUAAAAAUUAUAAAGAUGUAAAUGGAAUUAUAAAUACUGUGACCUAAGAAAAGACCCAGUAGAAAGUAAUUGUAGUAUAAAAUUUCAUAAAACUGGAUUUGAUUUCUUUUUAUGAAAAUUUCAUAUGAAGGUAACUUGAUUUUUUACUAUUAUCUAGAUAAUAUAAGAGGGCUAAGAAUUUUUAAAUUGAAUCAUAUACAUGAUCUAAUUUAUCCUUCUUGUAUCUUGAAGUUUUGUACUUGGGAUUUCUGUACUGAUAAAUGAAUCAUCACAUUCUUCUGGUAAAUAUUUUCUUGGAACUCUGUGUCAACUUUGAUCCUUUGUCUCCCAGGAAGGUGUAACCUCUCCUUUGCCCGCAUACCUCAAGGCCAGGGGAAUAUGCCUCAGUGAUGCAUUUAUCUUUGUGUAUCAGGCUACACGAUUCCCAACUUUGUGCCACAUUUAAAUUAUCUUCCUCCAUUUGAGUUUGUCUUCUCUGUCUAAAGUCCAGUCAGAGAGCAUCAAAAAAUUAUGUUUCAACUAGGCUGGUCUAAUAUAUAAGUUUUUGUAUCUUUUAUCAGAGGAUUUCGUAGUUUGUAUUAGAGGCUCAUUUCCACUUCAUCAUACAAGAUCGUCAAUCUUUUGGCAUGUAUGCCAAUUAGAAUACUAAAGCUAGCCCAAGCACAUUUUUCUCUUCCCAUGUUUCUAAUGAGUGUUAGGGACUUUGCCUCUUUUACUGACCACGUCCCCAAAAGUGUCAGGUAGAUAUGUCACAAAUGGCUCUGUAGAGAGCCAUGGGAAGAGAGAGGGAAUGGAUGUAGAACAUAAAAGAUUCAGACACCCCAGAAAAGGAGUGGGUUUUGGACAGAAGCAUUUGAGGACAGCUGCUCCAAAGCCUUAUGUGUGUGAUGAAACUCACUGCAGGGAAGACAGUCUUCAGUAGCCUAUUUCAUCUGGUGAUUUUUAUUUUAAGUGAACUGUUGAAUCUAUCUUUAACUCUCUUUAUUGUAGGUCUAAAUUCCGAUUCUACAGCAGACCAGUAAACUCACAGUAUUUCUUUUUCCUGUAGGAGUCUAUUCAAUAAGGAAACCAAGACAGGAUAAUAAAAUUAAAAAAGAGAAAAAAAACUUUGAAUGUACCCUGCCUAGGUCUUCCAGUUGUUUUCCAUUGCAUACCUUAGGUAUGACUUUACUGGCCAGGGACAAAAUUAGCACCUUUCGAUUCUCUGGUCCAAGUGGACUUUGUGCUAAAUAAAAAAAAUUAUUAUACUACAUAAUAAAAUUACAGACAGCAGGAAAUUCAAGAGCUAGGAGAUUCCUAGAUUAUAACUGCCAAGCAAAUACCUUAAACAUCCACCUAAAAUCCUACUGCCCUGUCUUGUGAGAUUAUUUCCCCAGCCCUUCUCUUCCCCACACUCACUCAAUGUCACCCCCCUAGUCCCCAAAACUGUUUUUGUGGUCUUUGCAGCCUAUGGUUGUUUUCCAAUAUCUUCCCCCCACCCCCAGACUUUUCCGUUUUCCAAUGUCAGACAAAAAACUCUUCAGCUUUUUCCAGUGUGUCUCCUUAACAGUAACUUUACCAUUUGAAAUCUUAUUUCACACAGGAAAACUAAAUUGGUGUGGAAAGGCUGCACACAAUAAAGUUACAUUAUUAUACAUGAGAACGAACUCAUAUUUCUUUCAUACUUAGCGUUAAAACUGAAAUGCAUGAGAACAAAAGCACCAUGGUAUUCUUUUUAAAAUUUAGGGCCUACCUCUAAUAUUUAAAAUCUACAAAAGAACAUCACAAAAUUAAUACUCAGGCCAGGUUCAGUGACUCAUGCCUGUAAUCUCAGCAGUUUGGAAGGCCAAGGCAGGCGGAUCACCUGAGGUCAGGAGCUCAAGACCAGCCUGGCCAAAAUGGUGAAACCCCAUCUCUACAAAAAUACAAAAUGUAGCUGGGCAUGAUGGCUCAUGCCUGUAGUCCCAGCUACUCGGAAGGCUGAGGUAGGAGAAUAGCUUGAACCCAGGAGUAAGAGGUUGCAGCAAGCCGAGAUUAUACCAUUGCACUCCAACCUGGGUGACAGAGCAAGACUCAGUCUCAAAAAAAAAAAAAAAAUUAAUACUCAGAAACUUCUCUAACAUAAUUCAAAAGAAAGGACUUACUUUUUUAAACCUUUUUGAAUGUGACCAUCUAUCUAGUUGUUCUUUUUUUCUAUAUCAGAGCAGAGAGUAUCACUGACAUGCUUGAAAUAGUGGAUAACUGGAAAUUGUAAUUGGACAAAUGUACACUUAAGAUUUAUAGACUGAGCCACAUGUAAUAAAGUCUCUCCUGGUAAUUGAUCCAGGGGAUUUAGGCCUUUUUUUUUUUAAGGCGUUGUUAUGUUGUGAAGGAUAAAAUCUUAAACCUCUUAUGCUAAUGGAUAGUAGGCAUGAUCCUAAAGGUUUAGUUUUACGAUGCUGCAGAGAAGAGAAAUGCCUUGACGUUAUGCCACCUGAUGUAGACUUUGUCCCCCUCUAAUAUAAAUGUUGCAUGUUACCUAGAUAAACAACUAACAAUUGCCUUGAAGAGUUAUCACCUGAGCUACUUAGGUCAGGGUCUUGCCUUCCUAAAGCUAAUAAGAUGAGAAGUGGAUAUCUGUAGCUCUUUGGAUGACAAAUUGCAUUGUGGAAGAGGCUAAAAUUGAGGAAAUAACUCUUCAAAGAAAAAUUUCUGAUAUGAUCAUUGUACUUGUAAAUGCCUUAGCUAAUAGGCAGUGACUCAAUUUUCUACUUCACCAUUUUACCUUUAGCCUCUAUGUAUAAAUUAAAGGUCUGUGGAGAUCCUGCCA